ACCACGCUGCCGUGGGAGCCGUCAUUUACUCGCGCGACCAUGAAGAGGCAGAACGCGCGGACCCUGGUCCUCAUCAUCAGCAUCCUCACCUACCUUGUGGUCGGAGCCGCGGUGUUCGAGACCCUGGAGUCCAAACAGGAGAAGGGUCAGAAGAGGAGACUGGACGUCCGGAAGUACGAGCUGAUGCGCAAAUAUAACUUGACCAAAGAGAACUUCGACGAACUGGAGCAGGUGGUCCUGCAGCUCAAGCCGCACAGAGCCGGAGUCCAGUGGAGGUUCGCGGGCUCCUUCUACUUCGCCAUCACCGUGAUCACGACCAUAGGUUAUGGCCACGCCGCCCCGAGCACCGACUCAGGGAAAAUCUUCUGCAUGUUCUACGCCCUCCUGGGGAUCCCGCUGACCCUGGUUAUGUUCCAGAGUUUAGGUGAACGGAUCAACACCUUUGUGAGGUACCUGCUGCACAAAGCCAAGCGCUAUCUCGGCCUACGCAACACUGAAGUCUCCAUGGUGAACAUGGUGACCGUGGGCUUCUUCUCCUGUAUGGGCACCCUGUGUGUUGGCGCCCUGGCCUUCGCCCACUGCGAGAGCUGGAGCUUCCUGCACGCCUUCUACUACUGCUUCAUCACGCUCACCACCAUCGGGUUCGGGGACUACGUAGCCCUGCAGCGGGACAACACCCUCCAGAACGACCCACGAUACGUGGCGUUCUGCUUCAUCUACAUCCUCAUGGGCCUGACGGUGAUCGGAGCCUUCCUGAAUUUAGUGGUGCUUCGCUUUCUGACUAUGAACAUCGAGGAUGAGCGCAGGGACGCCAAGCAGAGGGCGCUAAUGUGCAAACCUAGAGAGGUGGCCACUCUUCUACCAUCAACAGGGAAGUCCUCUACAAGCACGGUAGAAACCGAGGUGGAUUUUAAAGGUGUCUACACAGAAGUGCUGCACUUCCAGACGAUAUGCUCGUGCCUGUGGUACAGGAGCAAAGAGAACCUGGCAGGCUCGAAACCUCAGGAUUUCUCCGACGCCUACCAGCAGCAGGGUCGCCUUGACGCUCAAUACACGGAUUCUCCAUCGGCAGGCUGCGUUUGCAGUCCGUGUCAGUGCACCAAAAUAGGCUCCAUUACAACAGGGCUACAUAUACUCUCCCCUUUCAGGGUGUUCAAAAGACGCAGCUCCGUGUAGCAACAGAUUUUCCCAAAUUCUGCCAAGUGGACAGCACAUAUACUCAGCAGGCCUGGCAGGCGAAAUCGUGACUGCAAGUAGAUGUUUGUGGUGCUACCGUAGUAAACCCACAGAAUAUUCAGUGUUACUCAUAUUUGAAGGAAAAAAAAGUGACCCCCAGGUCUUCUGCUGGAACGGUGCAUGAGUUUGUGUUGUUUGACUGCAUCCAACGGAGCCCACUGUACACACCAGGGUGAACAGGGGAAUGAUAAAUAUUUCCUAGAGGAGCAGAGCUGAACACAACAUGCUGGAUCAUUGUCACGGCCUCUUCUGUUUGCUCAGUUGUUCAACCCGGUGUCCAAACUGAAGCAUGAAGAGGACGUGUGUGAGUCAUUUUUAGUGCAAACUAGCUGCAAGCGCUGGAGUAUAAUUUAAGAUUUAAAUGGUGAAAAAAACGUCGGAUAUCCAUGAGUAAUGUUUAACAGAGACAACCAAGGCACUGAUCAUCCAGCACGAAGUCUGUGCCUUAUGAAUUCUGUGUAUAUUUCGCAGAUCACUGGAUCCACUUGAACUCCAUCUAUCAUGGUGUUGAUGGAAGCACUGUUAGCUUCGUGCUGCACAAUGUCCUCAUCAUAACGGUGCUUUAGGAGUUGGAACCAGUUGUCCACAGUGCAUCAGGAAGUGCUAGAGAAAAAAGGUGCUUUCAUAAAAUUCACAUGCUCAGCUAACUAUGAUGGUUAAAAUGAAGUAGUUAAUACUUUUAGUGAUGAGCUAACCUGCUAACUUGAGGACGUCAUGUGAAACACCAGUCUCACUCAUACUUGAAUGUAAGACAUGUAGGUCUGUCAAAUAUUGAUGUUAGAAACUUGUGUUCUUAGGAAGCGGCCCCUGGCUCUGUGACAGGGGACACGUAGUUGAUGUGGUAUUCAGGCCAGGGUCUGAACGGAUCUGAGCCUUCAUCUGAAUACAUUUAUAUAAGUCGUUGGAGUGGUUGCAGUGACUAGAAGUCAUUGAUACUUUUAUUGGGUGAUGACAUAACUGCAAAGUUUUUUUUUUUUAAUAUUUGAGGAAGUGAAAGUAAAUUUGUUUUUACUUAACAAAAAAGGGUGGCUCACGUCAAAUAUAAUAAAAUGCGGCUGAAUAAAUUGAAGAAACAAAUGACGACGCUUGCAUACAUUAGCUUAACCACACUAUUUAUCAUAAACAGUGAAGAUGUAGGUUGAACUCCCCCUUUUUUUCCCUUACUGCUUGUGGGUUAAGAAGCGAUGUAUCAGGUCAAGUCUAGUGUGUAGAACAUCUGCUACUGCCAGGUGGGAAAAUAAAUAAAUAAAUAACACCAAAAAUAAAACAAAAAGGUGAGGAUUAGGAAAAUUAAAAAGGUUAAGCAGCGACUUGAGUACAACAAAAAUAAUUUAACAUAGAAAUCAAAAUGUAUUUUCUGUACGCCUCAAUUCCAAGGAUGUUUUGUACAUGAGGUGUGAUGCAGUCACAGAGAUCCUCCAUUUUUUCCUACUAAUAAAUUCAAUUUCAACUGUCAAUUUUUGUACCAGGUUAUGUUUUUCUUUUUUCCCACUUCUAUUUUCUUUUUUCGUGUUUUUUUGUCAGGCAGGAAUUGGCUUCCAUGCACACCUGCUGUAUGGAAGUUAAUCCUGUUUUUAAAGUUGUAAUUCUUUGCAGUUGUUAUAUUAGCAUUUGCCUCAGCAGAGUAGAGGGAGAGGAAAGCUGGACUUUUCAACUUCCUUAAACAGUGAAUGUUUAUUUCGCCAACUCAUUUUUUGUUUACACAAGCAGUGGCUGAACAGUUUGUAUCAUUGUCAUUACUGUGAAGAAGUACAGGUGACCUGCAGUGUUUACUCUAAAGGGUUGAAUUGGAAAUGUACAUCUGCAGUAAAAAGCAACUCCCUCCAGUUAAACAUUUACAUUACAAUUACAGAUUAUUUUUUUAAUUCACUAUUUUGUAAUGUAAAAAGGAUGAUUUAAACCCCUAAAUAACGGAGGAGCGGAGAGGACAAGAUAAUUUCGGAGACAGCUCUUCCACCUCUUACACCAUGUGGCUGCUUCACUUGUGCUCCAUUGUAGAGUGAAGCUCACAAUAAUAGUGAAUUCAGAAGUACCAUACUGCUUAACACUGACUACAAAAUUAAAUUGCCAGCUAGUCUAUGGAGCUUGGUUGGGUGUGGGGAAGCUGGUUUCGCAAGCUUGUUUGAGCUUCAUUUUUUAUCAUUUAACUGAUAAAACACCAAAGAUAAACUAAAAUAAACUAGCGUUGCUCAAGGCGGAGGUCGGGUAACUGCUCCGCCAAAGCGUUUCCCUAAUUCGGUAGCAGAAAAGCUAACACGCCUGACGGAUGUGAGAUUAAACUGGAAAGAAACUGCUGCUGUCUGUCAUAUAUUUUCUUGGCCUUCAAGUUUUCUCAGGGCAGAGCUGCCGGGCAUUUCUGCUGACAACCAAUGACGUCUGCUUUGUUUUUGUUUUGUUUUUUAUUGCACACUAAAAAAUGGAAACCCAUCUGUUGCAGCUCACUAUUGAU